AUGACAGCUACUUUGGCCGGAGUGGCAUGGACCGCUGCCAUUACAGGUCUCGUCUUCCAUGCAAUCUAUAGGCGAUAUGAACCAACAUUGGGGUCAUUCUUCACAAAUACCGCUGCACUUGUCGGCUUUAUCUGUCUGCUGGCUUUGCAGCUGAGCGGAGAUUACUUCUUUGCAUUGAAGGCUUUGCCCAUAUUUGUCGCUGUCCACUUGAUAACCCUAGGCCUCAGUAUCCCAGUCUAUAGGCUGUCGCCCCUCCAUCCUCUCAGCAAGUUCCCCGGACCGUGGUACGCAAAACUAACGAAGUGGACGGGAGUGUAUCAGUCAUGGACUGGCUAUCUACACGUGUGGCUGCCAUCCCUGCAUGCGAAGUACGGCGACAUCGUGAGGAUCGGCCCCAACGAGCUUUCCUUCGCCAACGCAGGGGCCGUAAAGUACCUUCACGGUCCUCAGGGGGCUCGCCUUACCAAGGGCCCAUACUAUGAUACCGAAGUAUACAGCACUGGGGGAAAGGCCAUGCCGAGCACCCGAGACUGGGAGGAUCAUCGCUUGAGGAGGCGAAUGUGGGAUCAUGGUUUCAGCCAGAAGCAGUUGAAGUCCUACGAGCCGCGGAUCCUCGGCUUGUUGGAUACCCUGCUGGCACAGCUCAGAAAGCACGACGGCCAAAUUGUCGACUUUGGUAGCUGGUGCGACUAUUUCGCGUUCGAUGCCAUGGGCGAGCUCGCGUUCGAUUACAAAUUCGGGCUGAUGAACGACGAUGGCCCGAGAUUCUACUCUGCGUGCGUGCGGAGUGGCAUCAAGAUGAUGCACAUCCUCUCCUCCGUCCCGUGGAUUUCUCCCAUCGCCUACCUGCUGCCAUUCGGGGAUGCAGAUGUGAAGAAGCACACUGCAGAGUUUCGACGGAUCUCGAAGAAUCAAUACGACGAGAGAAGGCAGCGGGGAACGGAACCGAAUGAUCUGUUCACGCAUCUCAUCCCUGGGGACAAGGACGGAUAUGUGACAAAGGAGCUCGAUCUCGAGGCCGAUUCGCCCGUGCUUUUUAUAGCGGGCAGCGACACGACAUCUCUGGCAUCCACUUUUCUCUUCUACUUCUUGACCAAGUAUCCAAAAUGCUAUGAGCGAGUCAAAGAAGAAGUCGACCGCGCCUGGGAUGGGGAAAAGCCUUUGGAAGGCUAUAUGCUCGGACCGGAGACAUGCCCGUACAUCAACGGGGCAAUUUAUGAGUCCAUGAGACUCCUGCCACCUGGGCCUAACGGGUUCCAACGGCGAACAGGGCAAGGAGGCCACCUCGUCAACGACACAUUUAUCCCCGAGUAUACCCAGGUGUCUUCCAAUGUCAUGUACCUCCACCACGACGAGCGAAACUGGACACGGGCCAGCGAAUUCGUGCCGGAGAGGUGGAACGAUGCCACGCGGGACCCGACUUGGACGCACGACAUGAGAGCCUUCCAAGCCUUUACCCGGAGGCACUUUCUCCUGUGCAGGACGUGCCCUGGCAUUCCUCGAGCUUCGCCUGUUCGUGGCCAAAGUCGUCCGGAAUUUUGA